UUUACUGCUUUUACUCGCUGUUCAGUUUUCAUCAUACAACCCGGGUAUUAAUUUUGUAUUUAGGACUAAGGGCCUCCAUUUUUUCUCCAUAAUCUCUUUGCUUUCCCUUACUGAAUGUUUGUCAAACAAAACUCAUUAAACAAAGUACUCCUUUAUUCUCGGGUAGAUGGAACUAAGAGAGGGAACAAACAGCAGUAAUGCACUUGCUGUAGAGGAAAAAAAAAACAACAUUCCAAGAAAUUUUGAUAAUGCACGCCAAUGCAGUUUUAUAUGAGAAGGGAUAGUUCCAGUCAAGAGAAACUGCUUUUUUUCCAGGACAUCUACAGUGAAGAAAACAGCUCAGACUUCACAUCCAGCAAGGGCUACAGCCUUGGCUACGAAGCUACCAACCAGUUACACACAUUUACAAGAGAGAAACGGGCUGACAAAAGGUUACAGCAGAUAAUCAUCAUGGCAUCAGCAAGUCUGCAGUUCUUUGCUUUUAUUCUGGCUUUGUUUGGUGUUUUUGGAGACAUCACAGCCACCUUGCUACCAAACUGGAAAGUAAAUGCAGAUGUUGGUUCAAACAUCAUAACAGCUAUAACACAGAUGCAAGGACUUUGGAUGGACUGCACGUGGUACAGCACUGGGAUGUUUAGCUGUACCCUGAAAUACUCUGUUCUUUCUCUCCCCGUCUACAUCCAGGCUGCACGGACGACCAUGGUACUGUCUUGUAUCCUAUCAGCCUUUGGGAUCUGCAUCACUACAGUUGGCAUGAAAUGCACAAAGUUGGGAGGGGAUGCUAACAGCAAAAGUCAUGCUUGUUUUGCUGGAGGAGUCUGCUUCAUUCUUGGAGGAAUCUUUGGAUUAGUACCAACAUCCUGGUACACAAGAGAAAUUAUUUCAAAUUUUCUGGACCAGACCAUUCCAGAGAGCAGUAAACAUGAACCAGGAGGAGCGGUUUACACAGGAUUCAUUUCAGCAGGGUUUCUGCUUAUCGCAGGUGUGAUUUUCUGUACUUCCUGUCUUAAAAAGCAGCACGGAGCAUGGAUUUACCCUUCAAAGCAGCACCAUUUCCCAUCCACAGAUCAGGAGAGCAACACAGGCUACAACCUGAAGGACUAUGUGUAAAUACAGUUCUCUCUAUCCAUUGAGGCUUUUUUUGUGCUUAGUGUAGUUUGAUUAUUUCAAAGAAUGUAUAACAUAGCACUUAACUUUUCUUACAUCUGGG